CCUGCAUGUUUGCGGUGGGCUGCAGCAUGGGCCCCUUCCUGCACUUCUGGUACCUGUGGUUGGACCGCCUCCUCCCUGCCUCGGGCCUCCGAAGCCUUCCGAGCGUGAUCAAGAAGGUUCUGGUGGAUCAGAUGGUGGCCUCGCCCAUCCUGGGCGUCUGGUACUUCCUGGGCCUUGGCAGCCUGGAAGGCCAGACGCUGGAGGAGAGCUGCCAGGAGCUGCGGGCCAAAUUCUGGGACUUCUACAAGGCUGACUGGUGCGUUUGGCCAGCCGCUCAGCUGGUGAACUUCCUCUUCAUCCCUUCCCAUUUCCGAGUCACUUAUAUCAACGGGCUGACACUGGGCUGGGACACGUAUCUGUCCUACCUGAAGUACUGGGCCCCUGAACCCCUUCCAACUCCGGGCUGCGUGGACUGAACUUGAAUGCUGCGGAGGAGUAGGCCAAUGGACACACUCCCAUAGGAGGUUCUGGAACAGGUCAGAGCUCUGAGCCACAUCCAAAACCCAGGCUGACUAAGUCUGGACCAGCUAUCCCUUCGGAGUCUGCCAUGGAGACAGUUUGCCCAUGUGAAACAGCCCCAGCACCAGCUGUCGCCAGGUUUUUCAGUCGGACCAAGAAGUCCUCUGUCAAUCUGCAGUUUCAACUCUGGGCCAAACAGUACCCGAGGUCCCCUGGAUCCCAGGUGACAGAGGCAAGGACAUGCCCCGUGGCCUUUGAAUGGGGUCUGGUUUGGCUUCAAAAAACUUCAUUCGAAGUUGGGCAGCCAUGUGGAAAUUUCAUUAAAUUUUCUUUAAUCACAA